AUCCUGUUGAGCACACGCUCAUAACAUAAGGUUCAGAUAGUUCAGUUACAUUGCAGCGAUAUGAACUCUUUGUUCCUAACUUUAUUCUUUUUAUGUUUUAUAACUGCUGAAACAGGUGCCCUAAGAAGUGGAUCAAAUGCAAUAUUAGGAACUCACCCAACAUAUGCUGCCCAAUACACUACCCGUCUUCGUGGAGGCCGUCCAGGACGUAUUAGACCAACCAUCCCGGCUCCACAAACAGCGGCCUCAACUACGGCAGCGCCAGCACCUGAGGCAGCUCAAGCCAAAUCGGUUGCGGAACCCACAACGGCAAUCAUAGGAGAAGGAACCAUGACAAUAGCUCCGGAUUCUGAAUUUAUAUAA